AGUCAAGCUACAUGGUGAGAGCGAGGUACGGCCCGCAUCCCUUCAUCUCCCUUCCGACAUGCGUGGUUUGCACUCGCGCCGGGCAGACGCCCGACCUGGGCCACGGCCGGCAGAGUAAUCUCCCGGCGCCGUGCCAGAGAUCGUCUCUCCACAGCCAAAGGCGGUUACAUUUUCUGGCAACCCAACUUAUACCUCUGCGUCAUGAAGUCUUCCAACACCUUCGGCACCGAACAGUAGUAACAUAUCAGCUGUGUUCAGACCAGACAAUCCAACAUGUCACAAGUCCCAACAGCUGUUCAUCCACAUGCCCAAUCUGAUUGUUGGGUUGGGUGCUCCUCGGUCUGCGUACCAUUGCGGGCAGGUUUCAACAUGCCAUUCUUUGAUGUUCGGAGUUGGUGCGACCGCCAUGGGAUUCUGACUAGGUGCCUCCAGUCUGCAUCGACACCCCUCGCCCUGUCUGAAGCUUCUCGGCCCAUGGGCGCUAGCCGGGAUGGGUCGUCCGAUAUUAGGGAACAAGCGUAGCUCACAACUUCCAUGACAGGCAGGUGUGGUCAUAGCAGCACAUGUACAGUAACCACCAGAGAAGGAUUCCGUAACCGUCGAGAUGUAGUGAUGCUGGCGUCGUUGAGAACCUCCAUGGGCACUCCUCCCUACACCUACCCCUGUCAUGAGCCCCUCCACCCCUCCAACCCAUGAUUCCCCACUCCACCCCGCCUUUAAUCCACACCUCCCUUGUCCAUAUCACGAACGUUAUCCUAUCCUACACCUGCGAAGUGGACUUCGAUCAAAGAACUGUUGAGGAACAAGUUAUACCCAUCGUUUUAGACAGAAUACCAAAGCAACAAGCGGUUCGGUCCCAUUCCAAGUAGCCGCUCAUUUCCCGAGGGGCCGCUUUCAUGUUGAACCCCUGACGAAAGACAUCAAGAUUAAGAUUGACAGCGUAGAAUUGAAGCUGUUGGAGCAGCCUACCUAUCUAGCUGCCCACUUAGCUAUAUAAAGCCCAAGACAUGGGACUUCCUGGCCGCUCUGGGUUCUCUCCAUGUUGGACGUGAGAUGUCUACCUAAUAAGACCUGAGCACACGAAACGACCCAACCUGUCUGUGUCUUGUCUUUCUAAUACGGAGACAUUACUCACGACUUUGCCGCUUCGCCCACCACCUUGCGACACAUCGUCUCAACUUCCCUUAUUCUUGUUGUCAGGUACUUCAGGUUGCCGGCAGUGAUUCCUGGAUGCCGGUCACUGGUUGCCAGUAGAUCUCCCCAUCUCCACCGGUAGCGCUCCAGACAACAAGCGCAAAAUACCACCCGAUUUUGCUGCCUUCCAACUCGCUGGGACAGCUUCCAUUAGCGCGCUACCGGCUCCACAGCUGCACAAACGCGCAGGGCUACCCACCGCAUCACUCAGCGGGCAUUCAAGAGUCCCCGCCGCCGCCGCCUUCUUCCGCUAUUGCCUCCCUUCGCCGUCACUGGAAGUCGGUCACUUGGUCUAACCUGGAAGUUCCCACCUUGCAGACGGAGCCAGGCAGGUAAAAGCACGCGCAGGUCAUCUUGGUCGCCGCCCCCACCAAUUCCUCCGGUCCACCUACCGCCCCGCAACAGCCUACCUACUCUCUGUCUGUCUCUUCUUCAUCAAGACAUCCCACACACUCUCUCUCGAAGCAGCCUGGAACUGCCUGAGCACUAAGUGUCACGACCCCAUAUUCUUUGACCAGUCGAAUGCUUGUUAGCCUCCUGCUCACAAGCCACCAACAAGACCUGCUGUCAUCGUUUCUGUCUGGCUACGCCCAAAGGUAACACAAGUCUUAUAAUUCAGCACAUCACAGCAUGGCCAACUCCGAGGAAACGCCGCCGCCUUCCAAAAUCGAGGUUGAGGUGGUGACCGAGAACCUCGAGACCCCCGAGCUGGAUGAUCGUUCAUACCGUGUCAUCCGUCUGCCCAACGGCUUGGAGGCUCUUCUGGUUCACGACCCCACCACUGACAAGGCCGCGGCCGCGGUUGAUGUCAACGUUGGGAGCCACAGUGACGAGGAUGAUAUGCCAGGAAUGGCCCAUGCCGUUGAACAUCUUCUAUUCAUGGGGACCAAGAAAUUCCCUGUCGAGAAUGCCUAUCAUCAGUACAUGUCAAACCAUUCUGGGCUCACCAAUGCCUUCACGGCGACAACCUCAACCAACUACCACUUUGAGGUCUCUGCCAAGCCCAGCAACGAUGAAGAGCCAUCUGCCAACAAUCCCUCACCACUGCUGGGAGCGCUGGAUCGCUUUGCCCAGUUCUUCAUCGAGCCACUGUUCUUGGAGAACACUCUGGAUCGUGAACUGAGGGCCGUUGAUUCAGAAAACAAGAAGAAUCUCCAGAGUGACAACUGGCGUCUGCAUCAACUCAAAAAGACUCUCUCCAACCCGAAACACCCCCACCACCACUUCUCUACCGGCAACCUUGAGACGCUCAAGACCAUCCCCGAGGCAAAGGGUAUCAACGUGCGAGACAAGUUUAUUGAGUUCUAUGAGAAACAUUAUUCUGCCAACCGCAUGAAGCUUUGCGUCUUGGGAAGGGAGCCCCUGGAUGUUUUGCAGGCUUGGGUGGCCGAGUAUUUCUCUCCCAUCAAGAACAAGAACCUGCCACGCAACAGAUGGGAAGAUGAGGUUCCGUUCACAAAGGAUCACUUGGGAGUCCAAAUCUUCGCCAAGCCUGUGAUGGAUACUAGAGAAAUUACUCUGAGCUUCCCCUUCAUGGAGCAAGAGAAUCUUUACGAGACGCAGCCUGGUGGAUACAUUAGCCAUCUCAUCGGCCACGAGGGCCCUGGCAGCAUUAUGUCCUAUGUCAAGUCCAAGGGAUGGGCCAACGGUCUGGGCGCCGGGCCAAGUAACAUUUGCCCCGGGUCUCCGGACCUGUUCGACAUCGGGAUCACCUUGACAGAGGAGGGACUGAAAAACUACAAGGAGAUCGUGAAGGUCGUGUUUGAGUACAUCGCCCUUCUGCGAGAGACGGAGCCGCAGCAGUGGAUCUUUGAUGAGCAAAAAGGCAUGGCAGAUGUCAAUUUCAGGUUCAUGGAGAAGUCUCGAGCUUAUCGGUUUGCAAGUUCCGUCAGCCAAAGGAUGCAAAAGCCAAUCCCCCGCGAACAUCUGGUGUCUGGGUAUUCCAAACUUCGCAGAUUCGACCCGAAGUUGAUCAAGCAGGCUUUGGGCUGGCUACGACCCGACAACUUCUUUCUCGUUGUCACCUCACGGAAUCCCCCUGUUACGUUGGACAAAAAGGAGAAAUGGUAUGGGACGGAGUACACCGUCCAACCAAUUCCGGAGACUCUGAUGAAAGAGGUCCAGGCGGCAGCUACUAGCACACCUGACAACCGAAAAGCGAAGCUUCAUCUCCCCCACAAGAACCAGUUCAUCCCAACAAAGCUAGACGUGGAGAAGAAGGAAGUCAAAGAACCUGCCAUCGCCCCGCGGAUUAUCCGCAACGACUCUAUGGUCCGGACCUGGUACAAGAAGGACGAUACGUUCUGGGUCCCGAAAGCAAGUAUAAUGGUUAGCUGCCGGACACCAAUCACCUCACUGGCGUCUAUGCGGGCAGCAGGCCGUCUUUUCACAGAUUCGAUCAAGGACGCGCUCGAGGAAUACUCAUAUGAUGCCGAACUUGCUGGUGUUGAAUAUUCUGUGAUCUGCGAGGAGCGGGGAAUGUAUAUUGAGGUCUCUGGCUACAACGAUAAGCUUUCGGUGCUCCUAGAACAGGUUCUGGUCACCAUGCGCGACCUCGAUAUCCGCGAUGAUCGAUUCGCCAUCAUCAAGGAACGCACGAUCCGGUCAUACCGAAACUGGGAGCUUUCAGCACCAUGGACACAGAUUGGUGGAUACAUGAGCUGGCUGACGACAGACCACUACAAUACCAUCCUGGAUAUCGCAGAGGAGCUUCCUGCCGUGACAGCUGAUGCGGUGCGAUCUUUCAAGAGGGAAUUCUUGGCCCAGAUGCACAUGGAAGUCUUGGUUCACGGCAACUUUUAUAAGGAGGACGCACUGAAGCUGACCGACAUGAUCGAAAAGACGCUCAAGCCACGGCCAUUCCCUCCAUCUCAGUGGCGUUCGCCUCGCGGGCUGGUGUUUUCUCCAGGGUCAAACUACGUCUGGAAGAAAACGCUCAAGGACCCCGCGAACGUGAACCACUCGAUCCACUACAUGCUCUACACAGGUGCCAAGAUUGAUCGUCCUCAGAGGGCAAGGACAGCUCUUUUGGACCAGAUCAUGCAUGAGCCUUGUUUCGACCAGCUUCGCACCAAGGAACAGCUCGGAUACAUCGUUUACUGUGGCUCUUGGAGCAAUGUGACAACGUUUGGUGUCUACUUCAUCAUUCAAAGUGAGAAGACGGCCCCCUAUCUUGAGACCCGGAUCGAAAAGUUCCUGGAGGACAUGGGGAAGAGACUCGAGGAUAUGAGUGAGGAGGAUUUCGAGAAGAACAAGCGAAGUUUGAUUGAAAGGACGCUUGAGAAGGCCAAGUCGCUGGAGGGAGAGAGCAACCGGCACUGGCAGGCCAUUGAGUCUGAAUACUACAUGUUCAACAACCGACAGUUGAUGGUGGAGAAUCUGAAGCCACUGACAAAGGCUGAUAUGAUUGAGUUUUUCAACCACUACAUCAACCCUUCGUCCCCUUCGCGGGCGAAGGUUGCAGCUUAUCUGGAGGCCCAGGCCAAGAGCGAUGUGACAACGAAGCAAAUUACGGAUCUCAUCAAGACGCUCGAUCUCGAUGGAAGUACCGCUGCCCAGGCUGCCACUGACCUGCAGUCUCGCCUGAGUGCGGCUGGCCAUGACGAGGAAAAGGAGGUCGAAGGCCUUGUCGACUACCUCCAAGGCCUCGGGGCACCAGACGGCAAGGUAAAGGCUGCGUCUGACGUGUGGAGAAGAUUACACUCUGAGCAUGGACCCGGCAGCGGAGUUGUCAAGGACGCAGAGCCACCAUCAUCCAAUGGGACGACACCCACCCUCAUCAAGGAUAGCUGCCAUAAGCAGCUCACAGUCACCACGUCUUCUUCAAAGAAAAGAAGAGUGACUCGCCAGUCGAGCAGGGAGCACGAGCCCAACGACGUAGUGCUGCUCUCCACUGAAGAAAUCGAUCCGACCUUCUCAUUUUCAGAAGCCGCAGGCAUCCCGACUAUAGACACUCCCACCUACGUUCGCCACGGCGACUCGCUGCCACCAUCGGGUGUCCCACCACGUUUGCAAACCCAGUGCAGUUCGGUACCUGACUCGCCCUCUGCUGCGAGCUCCCCGUGCGCUUCAGCCGACCUUUCAGUGGACUUUGACCGGGGCGCAGAGUUUGCCGACUCUGCCUCAAGUCUACGGCCAACAGACUGGACCCUUCCAGGUAGCCAGUCGACUUCAUUCUACAAUACAGCUCACCGUGCUCUCAUGGGGGGUGCUCCCGAUCUUCCCCAGCGGUCCUCGUCCCCGCUCAAGCGACCUGCCUCCAGCAUGGAGCCCGAAACGGACAGUACAAACCUGAAAGAGGAUGUGGUUAUGGGAACCGAGAAUGAAUCUGCUGCAAAGGCCAAAGAGGGCAAGGAUGAAGUGAUGGAUGGGGCUCCAUCAAGCCCAAAGCAGUCCACCACAGAGUCAAAUGGGCUUCCUCUACGGAACGAUAUUCCUCCGCUCGAUCAGCAAAUCAAAACCAUCGAGACUCUCGUCAAGGCGUUUGCUGAGACUCCCAUCCAGGAGGGUGACGAGGCGUACCUAGUGUCAAGGAAAUGGCUUCAACGGGCCCAGGCCUUUGGGCUGGAUAGCAAACAUGUCAGCAAAGAGGUGCCAGAAGGGUCCCUUGGUCCAGUGGACAAUUCGGACAUCAUUGAGACCAAGUUCACAGACUCCAAUGGAGUAGAGUGUGUCAAACUGAAGCCAGGCUUGGGAACGGAGAGUUUCGAGCUGUUCCCCAAAGAUGCCUGGGAUCUCUUGCUCUUCUGGUACGGGCUGGCUCCUGGACAAGCUCCGAUUAUCCGGCUUGCACACAACACGGCCCCCGAUGCGGUUUCGGAUCCCGUUAUUCAGUUCGAGUUCCACCCUCCUGUGUUUACUAUACACAGAUUGUGGUCGGCCACGAGCCCGAUUCCUAUAGAGCAGGAAAUCAAGCUCAAGAAGCCACCCCCUCCCAUUGUGGUUCAGAGUACGUCCUUCAGCUAUCACAAGUUCCUUAGACGAGUCAAGGAGCUUGCUAGUGUGGCACCGGACCGCAAGGUGCGCGUAUGGCGAGUUCUGCAGACCAUCCCCGCCACGGAAACCCCAGCCUCUGAGCCCUCAAAAUCCUUUGGGAUGAUGAAGACUCCUCCGGACUCUCCAGUUCAAGAGGUUGGCGUUCCCGAUGGAUUUCCUGCCGUCCCCGGGGCUUGGCCUGAGAUGCUUGUUGAUGUGGUAACUUUUGGGCAGUUGGAGAAGGGUGUCCAACGCGCCCUUGUUGAGGCACAGGACACAACUGUCCAUGCCAACUACAACGGCAAGAGGAGCCUGUCGCUGGUAGGCCUCAAUGUCGAUCAAACCCUUGUUCUGGACGAAGAAGUGGAGCGUCAGGACUGGGUGUCUACAUAUAGCGGUUCCAACGGCAAGAAUUUGACAACUAGGAAUAGCUCAACCGCUGUCGUUCAGGCCCGGGCCAACGUCAGCGGACGUAGCAGCCCCGCGCUUUCGGCACCUCUCACCAGAGGCCGCGCCCAGCAAAAGUCGGGGCGGACCCACGGCUGUGUAGGACUCCAGAACUUGGGCAACACGUGCUACAUGAACUCUGCUCUUCAGUGUCUGCGUGCCGUCGAGGAACUCACAAAGUAUUUCCUCACUCAUGAAGCGAAAAAGGAGAUCAACACCGACAAUCCUCUCGCCCAUGGUGGAGAUGUUGCCCUCUCCUACGGACGGCUGCUUGAAGAAAUCUACAAGGAUCCCACACCAAACUCGGUUGCACCACGCCAAUUCAAGAGCGUUAUCGGUCGGUAUGCUCCUGCCUUCUCGGGAUAUGGCCAGCAGGAUUCGCAAGAGUUCCUUGGCUGGCUUCUCGACGGUCUCCAAGAGGAUCUCAAUCGCAUCCUCAGGAAGCCGUACAUUGAGAAGCCCGACUCUACCGACGAGAUGAUCAACAACCCUGCAGCGAUUCGGGAGAUGGCCCUCCAGGUUUGGGACAUUACGAAGCGGAGAGAUGACUCGGUCAUCUCUGAUCUGUUCACCGGUUUGUACAAGUCUACUCUUGUGUGUCCCGAAUGCAACAAGAUCAGCAUCACGUUCGACCCUUUCACCAACCUGACCCUUCCCCUCCCCAUGGCAAACUCGUGGUCCAGAGAGAUCAGGUUCUAUCCGCUGAAUGAUGCACCCGUCAACAUUGUCGUUGAUAUCGACAAGAACAGCAGCAUCAGGGGAUUGAAGCAGUUCAUUUCGCAGCGUGUCGGGGUACCUGUCGACCGUCUCAUGGCUUCCGAGGAAUUCUCGGGCAAAUUUUUCAAGCACUAUGAUGACAUGGCGACUGUCUCUGACGACAUCUCUAGCAACGAUAUCGUCGUUGUUCAUGAGCUCGAGGCUCCCCCCUCAAACCUGGCCUUGACCAAAGACCCAAAGAAGCAAAAGAUCAAGUCUCUUUUGGCUGACAAUGAUGAGGAAGACUUGGAGGAUCCUAUGGUACAAAGCAUGGUUGUUCCUGUCUUGCACAUGUGUUCACAGGGCAAAGCCAAGCGCAAGAAGAGCGUUCUGGUGCCGCCGCACUUUAUUGUGCUGAACCCAGAGGAGGCAUGCAGCGAAGACAUCAUCCGGCGGAAAAUCUUGGAGAAGGUGGCGACGUUUACCACACAUCCUGAACUUGCUGCGGUGGAGGAAACCGACGCAGGUGAUAAUAUUGAUCCGGAGAUGGCCAAUGUGGCCUCGGAUGUUGAUUCUUCAGGCGACUCCAAGAUAGUAGCGAAGUCGGUUGAAGGUGAAGAAGACAUUGUCGACGUCACCAUGGCUGAUGCAAACGAUGCGCCCAAGCCAGCAGCGUCCAGCGGGGCUGAACAAUCCUCACAGGCGCUGAAGGCAUUCAAGUCACAGCGGCCCAAGUGGAUAGACCCCGAAGAGUUCCUCGCGCCGCAGUUCCAGAACCUGUUUGAUCUCAGCUUCUUCUCGGAAGGCACUAUCACCAUACCUACUGGGUGGCAGUCUGUGACCGAGGGGAAUGCGUACCCGAGACUCAGCACCAGGCAGCCAAAGCCGAUAAUGUCGGAUGUCGAGAUGCAGAGCCCCGGAGCUUGGGCCAACUCUGAUGCUAGCGGCAGCGACGAAGUGAACGAGGUCACUCGCAUGGCAGAGGAAUCCAGCGAUGAUGACUCGGAUUUCCCUCAUCAAGUCCAGGACCUCCAGUCACGAGCGAUUGAACCGCCAUCCCACCAAGUGAACGCUCGCGGUGGUAAGAAGAAGAUGAAGGCUCGCCAACAGCAGAUGUAUGGCAAGAAGGCCAAGAAGCGGUUCGAAAAGCAACAGAAGGGCCGCAUGCAGAAGCAACACGCAAGCCGGCGUGAUACCGGUCCCAUUGAAGGUCCCCUGGUCCGUCUAGGUGAAGGUAUCAUCGUGGACUGGAACGAGGAGGCCUGGGAGGCUCUCUUUGACGGCCAGCCAGGAGAGUCAGUGCGCGGCUGCAAGACCUUUGAGAAUGUAGACACUCUGGUGGACCCUGCCCUUGAAGCCAAGAAGAAGCAAAGAGCUCUGCGUGCGAAGCAUGGCAUUACACUUGAGGAUUGCCUGAACGAGUUUGAGAAGGAGGAAAUCCUGUCAGAGCAGGAUACGUGGUACUGCCCACGCUGCAAAGAGCAUCGACGGGCUAGCAAGAAGUUCGAUCUUUGGAAGACACCAGACAUUCUAGUCGUCCACCUCAAGCGUUUCAGUUCUGUUGGAUACCGCAGGGAAAAGCUCGACAUUCUGGUUGACUUUCCAGUGGAAGGACUCGAUCUGACUUCUCGGGUCAUCGACAAGGAGGACGGGAAACAAGAGAUUUACAACCUCAUUGCCGUUGAUGACCACUGGGGUGGUUUGGGUGGUGGUCAUUAUACUGCCAAAGCCAAGAACUUCAACGAUGGCUCCUGGUAUGAGUAUAACGACACGGGUGUGAGUAAGUGCAGCGAUUCUCAAAAGGUUGUCAGUGCUGCUGCGUACCUUCUCUUCUACAGAAGACGCUCUGAAACACCGCUGGGCGGACCCAGGUUUCAGGAGAUCUUCGACAAGUAUGACAGCCAGAUUGCCUCCGCCGAUCAAGACAUGUCCGACUCGGGGGAAGGGCAGCGUCUCGGCCUAAGCUCCUCCCUUCGUGGAUCGCCGAGCGCUUCGACCGGAGCAGGUCUAACUCUCCCUCGAGGAAAACGUGGUUUGGUUAGCGACGACUCUGACCGCGCGGGACAGGCCCUUGUCCCUGCUGACCCUGAACUGCCAUCCUAUCAGGCAAGCGUGGGGAAUGGUGAUGAGGAUACCGAGAUGGGCGCUGCGCUGUGGGAUCAAUCCACGUUGCACAACAGCAUUGAGGGUGAUGAGGAUGAGGGCAUCGGCCUUCCCGACUACGACAAUGGCGGUAUGGCCGGCAUGACUUCGGUUAUUGGUUCGAACUGGAAUUUCCAGAACAUCAAGCCUGGCUCGGUGGCGUCUGACGGGGACAUUGCUAGCGAUAUUGCGCAGAACGACAACUCGUCCAACGACGACGGCUUUGCGGCCGGGGACGAGAUGGAUGAAGUCUUCAUGAGUGGUCCAUCACUGGAAUUUAUUGAGCAUGAGCCGACAUUUCCCGAAGAAGAGAUCCCAGCGCCUCCCGCCGAAGCACAGAACCUGUUUGAUCAGAUAGCCGAGGACAAAUGGGCACAGCAGCAGAUUCACACCGUACCUGCCGAUAUUGCCGAUGAUCAUGCCAGCGACAAGGUUGCUGAGAUACGGGUUGGUGACGGAGGCGAGGACCAACAGGCUCAGGUGCAAAAACCGAGUGCUUAGGAUUCAGCUCGGUCGUCAGGAGGUGUAGAGCCAGAGCUGGCCUAGUAUACCCCUCGGCCGUACAAGCCUUCUGGUAACCCACCCGAAGCGCAUCCGGGUACCGAUGUCAAGGAGGGUCUGGAUAAUCUUUUGGACUGGGUAGACGGAAACACGCAAAGCACUUAGGAAAUGUCGGACCGGGUGAAUUUUGACCAUGAAGAGUCGGUCACCACCACCAGUGUUAAACAACCUGUACAAAUCAAGACGCCUCCGGUUAUCGCAUCGCCCAACCCUACACGACUUCCCAUCCCGACCUUUUCAUUUGCAGGUAUAAAGCCCCAGUCGGCGAAGUCAAACUAUGGAGCCUUACGUCGUGUAACAGUCAAGAAUCUCUCAGCCUCCUCUACAUUGCUUAAACGGCCACAGGGUUGUUCUGCUCAUAUAAGUACACUUGGGCGUAUCAAGCUGCCUCCGCUUGAUCGGCAGCCUGGCCAUUCAAGAAAUACAUUCCCCAGACUUUCACAACUUCCCACUCCUGGCGCAUCUCUUAGGGGUGUCAAACUGCCUUCGCUUACAGAACUUGGACUUUUGAAAAUCACAUUACCGGGGCUUCCGGAACUUCCUUACACUUCAUCUGCAGGUACCAAGCCGCCUCGGCCUAGGCGGGAGAUUGACCCUUUGGAGGUUAUGAUACCCAAGUUUGCGCGUCUUUCUGGUCAUGUUAUAGGGAGGAACCCGUCUCUGUUGAGGAAUGACGUCGGAUUCUCGCAGUCGAACCAGAGUUCAUCCCCGAAAAGAAAAAGAAAAAGAGAGGAGGAUGGCGACGAGAAGGAAAAGAAUAAAGACAAGGGCGAAGGAAUGGGAAGGGAGAGUAAGUGGGGAAUUGUUCACUUCUAGGGGCUUGGGCUUGGUUGGGGCAGAGGAUAAAUGGGAAUGGGGAUGAUGGGUAGUGAUAGAGUGGGGUUUGGUGAUGGAGUAAAAUUGUACCUAUUAUGCACAGACAUGAAUAUGGGAGUGAGAUGCGGCGUCACAUACAUAACAUACAUUUGCUGCUUUGGAGGAGGGGACU